GACCCUCACACACACAUGACAUAAUCACACACUAUUUCUAUAUAUAUAAUAAAUUCUUGUGUCUUUGAAGUUUCAGAACAAGGUUCCUUAUCACACGAGCCUCUCAUCCAAGUCCAACGGUCUUAUUCACUCCAACCCCGCUCCACUUCUUCUUCUUCUUCCAAACAUGUCUCAGAAACCAAAGCAUCUCUCUUUAGUUAUGUCUUUACUUGCAAUUCUCUUAGCCACUUUAUUAUUAUCUUCGUCAGUAGAGUCCAAGACAUUCUGGGGUGAUGUGAAAGCUCUCAAAGACUUGAAAAGCUCAGUAGAUGCCAAAUCCAUGAGUCCAGGGUCUUGUCUGAGUACCUGGGACUUCUCCCUCGAUCCCUGCGACAAUGUCUUCAGCGACACAUUCACUUGCGGGCUCCGCUGCGUAUCGGGUCGGGUCACUGAGCUCAGUUUUGACCAGGCCGGUUACUCCGGCUCCCUCUCUUCCUUCUCCUUCAACCUCCCUUAUCUCCACACCCUCGAUCUCACCGGCAACUACUUCUCCGGUCCACUCCCCGACUCACUCUCCAAUCUCACCCGUCUCACCGGCCUUGCCCUCUCCGGAAACUCCUUCUCAGGAUCCAUACCCGACUCCCUCGGGUCGAUGUCGCUUCUCGUGGACCUCCUCCUCGACAACAACCGCCUCAGCGGCUCUGUUCCGGCGAGUUUUAACGGUCUUUCCAGCCUAAAACGGUUAGAGAUCCAAGUCAACAACAUCUCCGGCGAGUUCCCCGAUCUCAGCUCACUCAAAAACCUCUAUUACCUCGACGCUAGCGAUAACCGGAUCUCGGGUCGGAUCCCGUCAUCGUUACCGGAGUCUCUAGUCCAAAUCUCGAUGCGAAACAACCUCAUCCGAGGAACCAUCCCUCAAAGCUUCAAACUUUACAGCUCUCUCCAAGUGAUUGAUCUUGCCCACAACAAACUCAGCGGCUCAAUCCCAUCUUUCAUCUUCACUCAUCAGUCUCUACAGCAGCUAACACUCUCCUUCAACGGCUUCACCUCUUUAGACUCACCUUACUACUCCCCCAUGAGUCUCCCCAGCGAGCUUAUAUCAAUCGAUCUCAGCAACAACCGGAUCCAAGGCGUGUUACCUCUGUUCUUGGGUUUAUCACCAAAGCUCUCAGCUUUGUCCUUAGAGAACAACAACUUCUUUGGUAUGAUUCCGACACAAUACGUCUUGAAAACAGUAUCGUCGGGAUCCGAAUUCGCCCGGUUUCAGAGACUCUUGCUAGGUGGGAAUUUCUUAUUCGGUGUUGUACCGGGUCCUUUGAUGGCUCUGAAGCCUGGCUCAGCGAACUUGCAGCUCACCGGAAACUGCUUCUCGUGGUGUCCCGCGACUUUGUUCUUCUGCCAAGGGGAAGAGCAGAGGUCUCCUAAUGAAUGCAGAAAGUUUAGCCGUGUUAUUCCAUGAUUCUUCUCAUUUUCUUGUUUUAGCCGGUCCGGUCGAGUUGGCCUUCCUAUAACUCGGUAAAGUUUCAAACCUGAAAUUCUCUUUUUGUACCGUUUGCACAACUAGGUUCACGUCUUGUACCAUUAAGGCUGAUUAGGGGAGAACAAAUGAUUUAAGACAUCAUCAAUGUAAUAUGCCUUUAGCAGUGUUGGUAAAAUGAGACCUGCUCAUGUAUGUUAUGAGGCAUCAUGUUCUGUAUAUCGCUUGUUCUGUAUAUCACCUCAUCAUGUAUGUAAUCUAAUAAGAGGGGAACAAAAUAAGAGACGAGCUUUUGUCGA